AGGACCAUCUGGUGACGGACAGCUCAGCUGCUGCCGUGCAGACUGAAGACGACGUUGCUGCAGUAAAGUUUAAAGUCUCGUCUCCAUUUGAAGACUCGUCAGUCGGCUCCAAACAGCCCGUCACCAAACGUCACAGGAAGCUCCUUCUGAAGAGCAGCGUUGCAGCUUCCAGUGCCCCCGCCGGCCGUCAGGAGCGGCAGCAGCAGCUGGCGUGGACGCAGGAGUCCCGGCGCCGCCUGCUGGCCAACGUCUGCGCCAAAUACCAGCCAGGUGUUACUGAGCGGCGUGUCUCUCAGCGGCAAGUGUCCCGGGUUUACGUGGAGGACCGAUCCCGGCUGCUGUACUGCGAGGUGCCCAAAGCCGGCUGCUCCAACUGGAAGCGGGUGCUGAUGGUGUUGGGCGGCAGCGCCACCUCCACGCAAGACAUUCCUCACGACGCAGCACAUUACGGCAACCACCUGCGGCGGCUGGAGAGCUACAGCCGCACUGGUAUCACCGAGAGACUGCGCUCCUACACCAAGGUGCUGUUCGUCAGGGAGCCCUUCGAGCGGCUUGUGUCUGCGUUUCGGGACAAGUUUGAGAGUCCAAACUCUUACUACCACCCCGUGUUCGGACGCCCGAUCAUCUCCAGAUACCGCGCCAACGCCACACGCACAGCCCUGCGCACCGGCGCUGGCGUCACCUUCAGGGAGUUUGUCCAGUACCUGCUGGAUGUGCGGCGGCCGGUGGGGAUGGACAUCCACUGGGAGCCCAUCAGCCAGUUGUGCAACCCUUGCCUCCUCAGGUACAACUUCAUCGGGAAGUUCGAGAGCCUGGAAGAAGAAGCCAACUUCCUGUUGCAGACCAUCGGAGCGCCGAGGAACCUCACCUUCCCCGACUUCAAAGACAGGAACCCGCUGGCGGAGAGGACUUCCUCCACAAUCACCCAGAGGUACUUUGCGCAGCUGAACUCCACAGAGCGGCAGAAAGCCUUCGACUUCUACUACAUGGACUACCUGAUGUUCAACUACCCCAAACCCUUCAAAGACCUGCACUGACCACACUCACAGCCCUUCAUCGCCUCCGUUUCUACUCACCUCCAUUAUUAUUUUAAUCAAACACUCAGACUGAGGCCCAUAAUGCACUGCAGCGCUGUCAUAUUGAACACCUGACAGUGAGUCCUGGGUGUCCACAGUCCCUCCGAGCAACUGAGACAAGUUUGAACGCGUACUACCAACCUGUGUUCAAUGCCCGGUCAUCUCCAGAUACCGUGCUCACAGACCUUCAUCUCCAUUUCUACUCGCCUUCAUUUUUCUUUCAGGUGCUCAGUUUGUGAUAAUGCACUGUAGUCCUGGCUGUUUACCCACAAUGCAGCUGAAGAACCGUCUGAGCUGCCGGGAUGUUUUAUAUGCUGCACACUGGCUUUAAAUAUGCACUAUAGUCGUCUUCAGAGUGACUUUAUCGCACUGCUUUCUUUCUAUUUCUGUCAUUAACAGACGAGUGAGUCGACUCAUCGCAAUCAGACAGGAAGAAGAUCUGAGGCCAUAUUACAGAAACUUUAUGAAGUUAAAAUAAGAUCCAUCGGAUUUAUCAGUUUGGUGUCACAGAAGUAAAUUAACUAACUUUAAUCUGAUCUUAUCUCAGGUUAGUAAAAACACAGUCAGCCACCAGG